AUGUCGGAGGUGUACCUGGGGUGGCAGAUUUGCAACGUGGUGGCGUGCGAGGGGGCAGACCGGGUGGAACGGCAUGAGAUGCUGAGUACUAUCGGGGUGGUGGUGGAUAGAGCUUGGGCCAAGGAUAGGAUGAGAGUAUUGGUGCUUAGUCCUCAAGAAAGACCCCCACCUUCCUCCUCGUCUCCUGCUCCAAUAUGGGCUCUCUCCUUCUCUCAUGGGAACCGAGCUAUCACUGCUCGGGACACUGUCGAGACCGAAGGGACUGCCCUUGCAUUGUCCCAGGCCUUUUUGUUGCCUGGGGACAUGCAAAAAGAAGUUGCAAUGUCUCCAGACAAUCUUCUCAGUUCCUUCAUGUCCCACAACGCCAAGGUGAUGCAAAAAAUGGUGGCCAUGGCUCAAAAACUUAGCCAAUCAGAGCCCCAACGAGCAAAACUUGUCAGUGAAAACUCCAAGCUCCAACGUACCAUCAUCAGGCUUGAGAGAGAAAGGAACCAGGCCCAAGGGGUUGCAGAUGGCCUGAAAGGACAGUUGAAGGGGACUGAGGACAGUCUUGCCCAGACUUUGAAGGAGCUCGAGACGUCCCAGAAUGAAGCCAAGGCUGCCUUUGAAAAGGGAUAUAACGAAGGAAUCAAAGUUGCCACAGAGAGCUACACAAACCAAAUGCCUGGAAUUCAGGAUCAAGUUUGGGUGGCGUCUUGGAGGGCCUGCCUUGAAAAAGCAGAGAUUCCUGAGUCAUCUCCACUUUGGACCAACAUUGAGCUUCCAAGCGCAGCAGCUGGUGAUCAGGAGGAAAUUGUUGAAGAGGGAGAUGAAGAACAGGUCUUGCAGACAGCGGAGCCUCCUGUUACCGAAGUGGAGCCUCAGAGUGAUAUGACCAACUCUGGCCAAAAGGAAGCCAGUGGUGGUCAACUUGAAGAUGAGAAUCUAACUGCAGCUGAAGCUCCUCCAACUGUUCCUACAACCGUUCAAGACCUGACUGAAGAUGAGUGAAUAUGUCUUUGUAUUGUGACAAUAUGUUUGGCUUU